UCUAGGGCAAUUCCAGAUUGGGUUGAAUUCCCUUAGAAAGGCUUCUACUGAGAAUGCAUUUGUUUCUAGGUAACAAAAAGACCACUCAGAAUGGAGCUCAUGAACUCCACUUUGGAAAAUGGCUUCAUCUUGGUGGGUAUUCUGGAUGGCAGUGGCUCUCCUGAAUUGAUCUGUGCCACAAUCACAGCCCUGUACAUGUUGGCCCUGACCAGCAAUGGACUGCUGCUCCUGGUCAUCACACUGGAUGCCCGGCUCCAUGUGCCCAUGUACCUCCUACUCAGGCAACUGUCUCUCAUUGACCUCCUCUUCACAUCAACUGUCACUCCAAAGGCUAUUGUGGAUUUUCUGCUCAAAGACAACACCAUAUCCUUUGAGGGCUGUGCACUUCAAUUGUUUUCAGCAAUGACAUUGGGUGGUUCAGAGGACCUCCUUCUGGCCUUCAUGGCCUAUGACAGGUAUGUGGCCAUUUGUCAUCCUCUAAACUACAUGAUCUUGAUGAGUCCAAAGGUCUGUUGGCUCAUGGUGGCCAUAUCAUGGAUUCUGGCAUCCCUUAGUGCACUAGGGCAUACUGUGUACACGAUGCACUUCCCUUUCUGCAUGUCCCAGGAAAUCAGACACCUGCUUUGUGAGAUUCCUCCAUUGUUGAAAUUGGCUUGUGUAGACACCUCUCAAUAUGAGCUCAUGGUUUAUGUAACAGGGGUGAUAUUCCUAUUGCUUCCCCUUUCUGCCAUUUUUACUUCCUACUCACUAAUUCUGUACACUGUCCUGCAUAUGCCCUCAAAUGAAGGCAGAAAGAAAGCCCUAGUCACCUGUUCCUCCCACUUGACUGUGGUUGGGAUGUUCUAUGGGGGUGCCACUUUCAUGUAUGUCCUACCCAGUUCCUUUCACAACCCUAAGCAAGACAAUGUCAUCUCUGUGUUCUACACAAUUGUCACACCUGCUCUGAACCCCCUCAUCUACAGCCUGAGGAAUAAAGAGGUCAUUGGGGCUUUUAGAAGGAUCUUGGAGAGACAUAUUCUGCCAGCACACUCCACCCUUUAGGAAGGGUUCACAGUUUGCCUCUCACUAUUCCUUCUUCAAACAAAUUGCUAUAUGCAGUCAUUCUUUAACGUUAUUCUCUGGCUUAGAUGGUAUAUAUACACUAUCAUGUUUUUGCAUUAUUUUUGAUUGUUAUUUGGUGUGAAAAGAGAGCAUAAGCUGAAUCAUCUGACAUAUAUCACCCUGGUCUAGGGAGCCCCUUCAUUUUUAAAUUUUUACAACAGCCUAGAAGAGAAAGUUCCAAUUGGAUGUUUUAGGUGCAUUAUAUGAUUGAUGUCAUCCUGGUACAGCACAAGGUAGAUAUAGUUAGGGAUUUGUUUUCCAUUUCAACAUCAUGUAGUAUCAGGAACCCUGUUGGUUUUAAAAAUAGUAAUCUGCAGCUCUGAGCAUCAGAGUAUGGUCACUUUUGGUCCAGAUUCUUAAUUAUCAGUAAAAAGAAAUACCAAAGAAGAUAUUUUGGAAUUCUUAUUUAUUAAGAAAUUAGAAAUUAAUGGUGAAGAAUAAUUGACAUGUGUCUCAGAUUUGAAAAACAUUAACAUUGACUUGUAAAUAAAGAUAUAAAUACAUUGAUAGUGAAAGGGGAUUUGAAAAUGGAACCUGGCAUUUCUAUUUGGGAAAUUUCAAAUUCUAUUGACAAUGCCUAAAGUUAAAUUUUUAGAAGCAAGAUCAAUAAAAUACAAUUGAAAGCAUCUGUAUAUAAAUAAAAUAUA